AUGGCACACGCCUGUACUCACUGCGGACAUUCUAUACUCGACGCGACACCCGUCCCGCCGUCCCCAUGCCCUGAAUUUAUCCAAUCUGGCAUCCCCUCCUCCGAUUUCCAGACUGAAGCGAUUCGGGACGCCAUCUCCUCCGCAGCCGCGAGUGCACUCGCCAUCGAAGCCGAGAUCGAGCGCACAAAGCUGUACCUCUCCGAUCUCUCCGCGCGGCACGCUGCGCUCAAGUCGUUCGCGCACCAACACCGGUCGAUCAUCUCCCCGUUCCGCCAACUGCCCAUCGAGAUCCUCGGCGAAAUAUUCGUUGCGCUCGCGCCGACGACGUUCUCCGGCCCGCUGCGUUCCGACCCGAAGUGGCUGCUCACGCGCGUGUGCAGGCGGUGGCGCGACGCGGCCGUCGGCACGCCGAAGCUGUGGGCGCGCAUACACCUGUCGUAUGGCAGUCCCGCGUUCACGAGCGCCGCGUGCUUCGAGCUGCUGCUGACGCAACAGCUGCGGUGGUCGGGGCAGCACCCCCUCGACCUCCGUUGGACGGAGACGAGCCAGUUCCCGCCGGAUCUGCGGCAGUUUGUGCUGAAGCUGCUGUUCUCGGCUGCGCACAGAUGGGAGCGCGCGGAUUUGACGGUCUUGUCCGAGGAUCUGCGGAUGUGGAGCGGCGUCGAGGACAUGUCAUUUCCGCGGCUCCGGACUCUGAAGCUGGAGACGGAGACGUACGAGGAGUUCGCGGAAAGCCUGUUCGUCAGGUGUCCGGCCCUGGAGCAGCUUGAGUUCCCGGCCGCACUGUUUCCGGCCCUCGCGCGUAUACCGUGGCACCGCCUCAGAAAGUGCACUUUGCACCACUUCAACGCGAACGGCCUGUCCGAGGUCAUCCGACGGGCGACGAAUCUGCUAGAAUUGCAGGUCGAUGGCACCGCUCGGGAUCCCGACACUUUGGGCCCGACUUCCAUGGUCGUCUCCCAGACACUCACGUCAUUCUCCAUGACAUCGGUCUUCUGGCGUGCGCAGCCGCAGAACAUGCUGGAUUCCUUUUCCGCUCCAUCACUUGAGAGACUUACGCUAUGGGACAGCACGCCAGGCGAUGCGCUGUGCGGGUUCUUACUCAGGUCCCAGUGUCCUCUCAAAUACCUCACCCUCUAUGGUCUGGAGAUCCCUAUGGACUUCAUCCUGGACAUUCUCGCGUGCGUUCCGACGCUGGAGCACCUGUGCAUCAGUGACGAGAUUCUCGACAUCACCGAAUCCGACAUGGAGUCUCUCGCUUACGAUCCGGAGUCGACCACGUGCGGACUCUUACCCAAUCUGGAGUCGCUGUCGCUCUCGGGAGUGUUCCUGUGUCCCGAGUUCUAUCUGAACGACAUGCUCCGAAGCAGGUGUGGAAAGCUGCGCUCCGUGAAGCUCUAUCCCAGCUUCGGAUCCACCCUCAAUCUCCUCUCGCAGGAGACGUUGGUCGAUGGUAUAAAGCUGUCGUGGAUUCAAGAAUUGACGCCCUGGUGA